AUGGCUGCCGACAAGGCCGCCCUCGCCUCCGGCGCUGAUCUGGGGGACGGCUUGAGGAAGCGACAGGCAGCUUCGCAAGCCGUGCCCUCGUUCAUCCCGGCCCAGACGGAAGACACCAAGAAGCUGGCAAAGAAGGACAAGACCUUUGUUCAAGUGCUUGCAGACUGGGAAUCCGUCCUUGCCCCGCUGAUCUUCACGGCCGUUGCCAUCUUCACUCGAUUGUAUAAGAUUGGUCUCAGCAACAUCGUCACUUGGGACGAGGCUCACUUUGGCAAGUUUGGAAGCUACUACAUCAAGCAUGAAUACUACUUCGACGUCCACCCUCCCCUCGGAAAGAUGCUGGUCGGCCUCUCCGGUGUCCUCGCCGGCUACAACGGUUCCUUCGAGUUCAAGUCUGGCGAACAGUAUCCCGAAGACGUCAACUAUACCUUUAUGCGCGCCUUUAACGCCGCCUUCGGCAUUGCCUGUAUCCCCAUGGCUUACUUCACGGCCAAGGAGCUGAAGCUGACCCGACCUGCUGUCUGGUUUGUUACUCUGAUGGUUCUCUGCGAAAACUCCUACACCACCAUCAGCCGCUUCAUUCUCCUCGACUCCAUGCUGCUCUGCGGAACCUUCGCUACCACUCUCUGCUGGGCCAAGUUCCACAACCAGCGACACAACAGCUUCGAGCCAGAGUGGUUCUUCUGGCUCUUCAUGACGGGCCUCAGCAUCGGAUGCGUCUGCAGCGUCAAGCUUGUUGGUCUCUUCGUCACUGCUCUGGUAGGCCUGUACACGAUUGAGGAUCUCUGGAGAAAGUAUGGUGACCGGAAGAUGCCUAUUCCCGUCCUUGCCGCCCACUUCUCUGCGCGUGUUGUGGGACUCAUCAUCGUCCCCUUCCUCAUCUACAUGCUCUCCUUCGCCCUGCACUUUGCCAUUCUCGACCACUCCGGCCCCGGCGAUGCCCAGAUGAGCUCCCUCUUCCAGGCCAACCUCAAGGGAACCGAGGUUGGCAAGAACAGCCCCCUGGAAAUUGCCCUGGGAUCUCGCGCCACCAUCAAGAACAUGGGCUAUGGCGGUGGCCUUCUUCACUCUCACGUUCAGACCUAUCCCGAGGGCUCUGGCCAGCAGCAAGUUACUUGCUACCAUCACAAGGAUGCCAACAAUGACUGGUUCUUCUACCCCAACCGCCACGAGCCCGACUACGAUCCCGAAGGCGAGCUUCGAUUCAUCGGCGAUGGGUCAGUCAUCCGUCUGAUUCACGCCCAGACCGGCCGCAACUUGCACUCUCACGACAUCGACGCCCCCAUCACUAAGUCCCACCGCGAAGUCUCAAGCUAUGGUAACCUCACCGUUGGUGACGAAAAGGAUCACUGGAAGAUCGAGGUCGUGCGAGAUGCCGCAUCCCGCGACCGCAGCCGAAUCCGCACCCUUACCACUGCCUUCCGCCUGAAGCACACCGUACUGGGUUGCUACCUGCGGGCUGGAAAUGUCAACCUUCCUCAGUGGGGCUUCAAGCAGAUCGAGGUCACUUGCGACAAGCAGAACAACCCUCGCGACACGUACACCCACUGGAACGUUGAAGCUCACUGGAACGAUAGGCUGCCCCCUAGCGACCCCGGUGUUUACAAGUCGCCCUUUAUUCACGACUUCAUCCACCUCAAUGUUGCAAUGAUGACAUCGAACAACGCCCUGGUUCCGGAUCCCGACAAGCAGGAUGAUCUGGCCUCUCAGUGGUGGCAGUGGCCGAUCCUACACGUCGGACUCCGCAUGUGCUCAUGGGACGACAACAUUGUCAAGUACUUCCUGCUGGGCAACCCCUUUGUUUACUGGGCCUCCACUGCUUCUCUGGGAGCCGUCGCUCUUGUCAUUGCAUGGUAUGUCGUGCGAUGGCAGCGCGGAUUCAAGGAGCUCAGCAACUCCGAGGUUGACCAGAUUCACUACGCCGGCAUCUACCCCGUCAUCGGCUGGUUCCUGCACUACCUGCCCUUUGUCAUCAUGGCGCGUGUCACGUACGUGCACCACUACUAUCCCGCGCUGUACUUUGCCAUCCUCUCCCUGGGCUUCCUGGUCGACUGGGUCCUGAGGAACCGCGCCGCUGUUGUGCAGGGCGUCGCCUACGGCAUCCUGUACACCGUUGUGAUUGGACUUUACAUCCUAUUCAUGCCCAUCUGCUGGGGUAUGACUGGAAGCAGCAAGCAGUAUUCGUACCUGAAGUGGUUCGACAACUGGCGCAUCAGCGACUGA